AUGAAUGGUAUGUCGACAAUAUUGGAAGAUGAUAAUGACGAAUGGACUUCCAUCGAUGAAGAUAAUGAUGAGGCAUGGAUUUUAUACGAUGAGGAUGAUGGUGAAGAUGAAGAUAAUAAGCUAACCUAUCAUCAUAGAGAACCAGAGGAAUUAUAUGAUCUGGAUUGGAAUGAUUUACCGAAGUUUAUUCGUCAGCUGGACUAUAACAGUUUAAAUGAACAUGAGCGUCGGAAGGCUCAUUAUGAAAACCGUUCUAUACUAUCUAUUCAACGCAAAUUGGCCGCUAGCAACAUGAUUAUCAGAUUACCCUAUCAGGGCACUUCAUUUUAUAUAGCUUCCGAAAAAGAUUUUCAACAAAAAGUAAUCGAUUAUGUGAAACGAACGGAUGCCUACAAAUUAAUACUUAAAUUAGAUGGUGCUCAUCGAAACGCCAGUCAAAUAUAUCUCCUCAAUAUAGUCGAACAAGUCGAAAUGAAAUUGGUUAAUUUACUUGAUACAAAAUGUAUCAAUGAAGCACAUUAUUUGAAAAUGAAUAUGACUGGAUCAUCCGUUCGAAUGCGUUAUCUUUAUUUUGUACCAGAAACUCACAAGGAAGGAAUUAGAGUUCGACCCAUCAAAGUAUGUAAUGAUGGCCCAACAAUGAACAUAGUUCGGUAUAUAGCUCCUCUUCUAUGGUCAAUCUUCGAUCGAGCUACCAAUUGCAAACGAUUUUCCAAUGGUGCUAUCGAUGUUAUACAUGCUAUUGAACAUCAUGCUCAAAUGGCUCAUCUUAAACCUCGAGCUCUCUUCGUUACGUUCAAUAUGGAUGAUCUAACAAAAAUUUUUUCUUAUGAUCAAAUGAUGGCAUCCUUAAAAUAUUUUCUUGUUGAACAUUUACCAGAUCACAGGAUGGAUGGUCUUAUUAUUGAUAUUGUUCUAGAAUUGGUUCAUCUUGUUUUGAAAAAUCAAUUCUUUGUUUAUAAUAACGAAUUGUACCAACAAAUUCAUGGUGGUGCUUCUGGUUUACUAUUAACAAUGUUCUUGGCAUUUAUUAAUGUGUUUUAUGGACAACAUCGAGAUGUUAUAAAAAUAUUGAAAGAAAAAAAUGAAUUUUUCGGCAGAUACAGAGAACAAGUAAUCUUAACAUGGCAGGGAUCCGAUGAUCAAUUUUGUACAUUGUUUAAUAAAGAUAUUGUUCAUACUGAACUUACUCGAAAUAUCAUAAAAAUGUUCACUGGAUCAACAGUACACUUUCAUGAUCUGGAAAUCAGCCAUAUGAAUAAUGGUACGCUCGAAAGUAAAGUUUAUUAUGAUCCAAAUAUUGAUACUUUAUCCAAUGUGUCCGAUGCAUCAAUGGAAAACAAAUCAAAACAAUUACAUUCUGUUCUAUAUCGGGCUGCUCGAUGCUGUUCUGAUGUCGAGAAAUUCCAUAAUGAACGACGUCAUAUUGUACUAUCGUUUCUUACAUCUGGUUUCACAUUAGAAUUUAUUCCCUCUGCUAUUCAACGUUUUUACCAAGAAUUUGGUGUAGAAGAAAAAUUCGUUCUAUUAUUUUUAAACGCUAACGAAUAUGGUCAUUUACGUCAACGUAUUAUACAAGACAUUGAACGACAAUUGGAAUUGAAGCAACAUUGUAAACGAGAAAAGCAACAUACAUUAUUUUUGCCAUGUCUAUGUUAUCUUGAUCAAAAAAAACGAGAUAAUUUGAAGCAACGUUUUCAAGAUUGGUGGAAGAAAUAUUACGGUUAUGAACGAAAAGCGAAACAUAUUCAAAUCAAAUGGCUUGAACUAACAUCACCUUCUCUGGCAAAUAGUGAUAUGCUUGUCAAUAAAUGA